AUGUUAAGCUCACGGAAUAUCAACAAUGCCUUCAACUCCGGUAGACCACGAUCAGGCACUACUGGCUCGAAGGAAACCGCGUCUCCCGAGCCACAAACUGCGCCUCCUGUCCUGAAUGCAACACGAUCACGUCCAUCACAUCUUCGUUCCCGCUCCUACCUUUCAAGCCUCUCUCCGGUAGAUCCGAAGCCCCGCAAUGCGAUGACUAUGCCACACGAUGUCGGUCGUGACAAAGACCGUAUCGCAGCUGAAACUUCACUCGCUGGCCACACGCGUUCUACGGGGAGGUCUGAGAAGGACGCUUUGAAAGGCAAGGACAAGGAUGGUAAUGAAUCGGGCACUAGCAGUGCCGCAAGCCUGCUACCCAGGUUACAUCUUAGUGGGCAUCACAACAAGCGCAAGAGCCAGGAUUUGAGAAUUGGCACAACUUUUGGUAGUGCAGACGUAUCCUCGCGACCUUGGCCGCAGCAGACAUCUAAACCACAAUCCCAGCUGCAUCUUCAGCAUUUAGGUCUGAACUUACCAGUCCCUCUAAAGCGGGCACACUCUCAUCGACAUACAAAGUCUGAGAUACCCCGGAGCGAUACCUUUGACAGCACGAGCUCAGGUGAUGGCCUUCUCCAUCCCUAUGACGGUCUUGGUGUGAAAGGUGGAAUGCUUUCUCGCAUGGCUUCCAAUCUAUCUAGCAGAAAUCUUGGGGCAGAAGGAAGACAUCAUCAGCAUCAUCACAAACCUCAUCAUCAAUACAGUGCUUCUGACUUUCAAAAGAAUUGGAACAAUGCUGCCAUGGCUGUACAUCCCUCUCUACACGGCGCAAGACCUGGCGUACGGCGUCGAGCCACAAGCGAUCCGAGAUCUCCAUCGUUAGUACAAGGCCAUGUGCAAAACCAAGGACAAUACGGUAACGGCUUGCUUAAGCCAGAACAGGAGACGCGACUGCCUAUGACUGAGGUCGAGAUCCUGCUCUACAAAGCUGAGAAAGCUCGACAAGAAGCCGAAGAGAAUGUUACUGAGGCUGAUGUGCAGAAGCUGACCACUCAACUGGCAGAAUCGAACGUUGAGCUGCAGACGCAAUUAGGCGAUGCCAAUCGCUCAGCACAGAGCCUCAUGCGACGUCUCGACGACGCACACGACAAUCUCGUCAAUACAGCUAGUUCUCUAAUUGAUACAAUAUCCAGUUUCCAGAAUCUGUGUGCCCAGUCCGACCAGCUAAUAAAGAAUUUCGAGAACAAAACGAAAGAGCUUGAUUCCGAAAUGAGGAAAGCGCUUGAGAAGCACAGGAACGCCUUAUUCGAAAAGCGUGGAAAGAAGAUCUCUCAACUGGAAGAUAGAGGGCAAAAAGCAAAUGAUCGAGCAGAGGAAAUGAGUCGACGACUUGAGAAUUGCCGAACCAUAAUCAGGAAUUUUGCUGACAGGGAACAAACGAAACGAAGAGCCUGGAAAGGCGUGCUUGUUGGAAGUGCCUGGGGUGCUGCGAUUAUCGCUUUUGGGAUCUUGGUCGGUGUUGCCAUGUGGUGGUGUAGGAGUUAUGCAUAUCUGGAAAGUCACGAGCUUGUUCACCAAAGACUUCAGCACAACGGUGUGCCGGAAGAUAUAUUGCAACAUGUGCCCGUCGAUGUGAGGGCUGUACUGAAUGAUAUCGCUCAUAGACAUAACGCGAGUUAUGCAAUGCCGGGUAGCAAGCAACCACAGGCAGAAAAAGAAACGUACACAAGGGCAAGCAAUGACCAUGACGUGGUCAAGGACAAGAGUCUCGAGAAGCUCUUUGACAAGCUAGACCUCUAA